AUUAAAUAAAUAAAGUAUUAUGUGGUUGUCUGUAAUAAAGAAAAUAUAGUGAUGACUAUAUUACAGAAUAUUCUCGUGCUAACAUAGUUUUGUCUAUUUAGUUUAGUGUGGCAAAUAGUGGUAUAGAAUUAACUUUUUGUUGGUGAACUCGUUCUUGACAUACAACUAUACUUACUGUAUCUUAGAUUUAUCAAUAAUAGUUAUUGAAUGGAUUUACCUAUAUAGUUAAAACUGUCAGCAGUGUACUUGCCUCCUGUAUGGUCAGACGCGGUGACUCCGGCUAUGUAUAUAAACGAUGAGUGGCGUUUUAGCAAGAUGUAGAGUGAGUUCGGAACAGUUGGAUUUAUUGCUGUCUUUUAUGGAAGAACACCUCGACUUUGCUGCAGGCAAGCAAUCGAUAUAUUCGCGCUUUAGCUCAAGUAAAUUGUGGAGACUACUCGCGGAGCGCCUGAACGCGGCGGCGGCUGACAGCGGCGGCGCACGCAAGUCGCCGGACAAGUGGUGUCGGUAUUGGGCAGACAUAAAAUAUAAGGCACGCAAGAAGUCAGCAGCGGGAGGCGCAUUGGGGGAUCUCUCUACUGCCGAGGAGCGUCUCCGCAAUAUCCUCAACGGUAGCGGCAGAGAAUUGCCGGGCGGGCGGCCGGGCAGCCGCUCCGACGAGGACCACAAGCCGCCGCCCGACGACGACAUGUGCUCGGAGGGCUCGGCCGACGCGCCGCGCGUCUCCACCGAGGAGGUGCUGGCCGAGGCGGCCAUGCGCAGCGCGCUCGCGGCCGAGAAGCAGGCCGAGGCCGUCGCGCAGGCCGUCGACCUGCUGCGCGACCUGCUGGCGCUCAUGCGCGACCGCGCGCCGCCCUACGCGCCCCACCCGCCGCACCAGCCCCACGCGCCCCAUCAGCCCCACGCACCCCACCCGCCCCACCAGCCCCACGCGCCCGACCACGCGCUCGCGCCCAUGCAGCAGCACCAUCACCACCGGCUCUGACUGCCCCCGAAAUUAUUGCGUAUGCAGAGUUUUCACUUGGUGCUCGUUCUGAAGGGACGCUACUGUUGAAUGAACAAUGUUAAUUACACUUCUGAUCAUACUGAAGCCUCUUAAAUGGGAUAUUUCUCAACCCUAUACAUAUGUAGUCUUGUGAUUAAAAGCCAUACUGCAUCUAGAUUAUUUUCUUAAGAUUUUUUUACAAUAAAUAAUCAUUU